AUGCCUCAUACAAACAAGGAAAUUGAGGAACUGAUUGAAAAAGCGCUGGAAAAACUACAUACCCAAUCUCGGCCAAAUAUCUCAAAAGUUGCGCGUGAAUUUGAUGUGCCUUAUCAACGGCUCCGUAGCCGCUAUCAGGGCAAAAAAUCACUAUUUGAACGUGAACCUAAUGGUCGGAAGCUUGAUCCUGCCCAAGAGAAAGCUUUAUGUGGCUGGAUAGACUAUAAUGAUAGUCUAGGAUUACCAGUUAAGCUGAAAAAUGGCUCAAACGCUUCCUACAACGACAUCCUAAAUACAAUAUCCGACAUUGAUUUUUUGGCUGCAAUUUCAUCAAUUCGCACCAAAACUUUUACAUUACGCACAAUUCGUCUUGGGUUCAAAUUAUCUGGCAUCUGGCCAAUAAAUCCUAAUAUUGUGUGUGAUACUCUGGUGGAUUAUAAUCAUCCUGAAGUGCCAGAAUCCCCCUCAACCAAUUCAUCCAAUUCAACAAAUAUCAGCACACCCAAAACAAUUCAACGAUUUCAGAGACUUGAGAGCAGGCUUUUGACGUUAAACAAGGAUAUUUCUCAUUAUGAAAAUAUUGUCAAAAAGCUCUCAAAGGGGGCACAAUCAUGUGCAUAUCAGCUAGAGGAGGCACACCGAGAGAUUGAGACAUCAAAAGCUGCAACUGCUGCACGCCAUGCACGUUAUGCGAAUGUGGCGAAAAUGAAGCGGGAUAAACAAAAGCUGACUGAUUUGGAGGCAAUUGAUAAACUGCGGCCCCAGUGGAAGAAGGUUAUGAUUGAACUAAAACGGCACUGUAGGCAGUCAGGACGCCGUUUGAAGCGCUGA